GCUUUUAUUUUGAAAAGAGAUGACAUAGCGGAAGUAAACAGUAAUCACGUUACAACCCGGAAGAAUUGCCUUUCUCUGAUUAACGUUUGAAUAGCCAAGAAUGACCAAUUUAUCUGGCGAAGAAACGAUUAAAGGCGAUGCUGCCGACGCCGUGCAGCCUCUGAUAUUCCUAUUAUCGUGUUAAUCCUCGGCUCCGGAGCGAGAGGCGGUCGAGUGUGAGCAGCAACGCCCUGAUGCCAGCCAGCCUCCCCGUCGGAGAAAAAUAUCCUCGCUCUGUUUACAAAUCGGCUGAGAGACAUCGCCUCCCCGCAGUGUAUCGUUAGCUAAUCGUGCGGUUGUGUGUGUUUUACAGACGGAAGAAAAACAUGGCUGAACUGCAUGUCGUGGAACCGAGCGGUACUGGCACCAUAGAGCAGCCCGAGCACCGCGACGUCCGGGGCUCCGUGCGCCUGGCUUCGCCCACUCUCAUGGUUCCGCCGCGGAGCAGCCAGCUCAGUCCCGGCGGGGUGUCGAGCGGCAGCGGCGGACGCUCGGUGUUCGGGUUCCCGGUGAAGAGCAACCCGAGCUCCCCGUCCGAACCGGUGGACAAGCCGGGCUCGCGCUGGGUUCGACUCAACGUCGGUGGGACCUACUUCAUCACGACCAAACAGACGCUGUGCAGGGACCCAAAAUCGUUCCUGUUCCGCCUGUGUCAAGAGGACCCGGACCUGGACUCUGACAAAGACGAGACAGGAGCCUACCUGAUCGACAGGGACCCCACAUACUUCGGCCCCAUCCUGAAUUACCUGCGGCACGGAAAGCUGAUCAUGGAUAAAAAUCUGGCUGAGGAAGGCGUUCUCGAGGAAGCCGAGUUCUACAACAUCGCGUCUCUGGUGCGGCUGGUUAAAGAAAGGAUACGGGACAACGAGAACCGGACAUCUCAGGGCCCCGUGAAGCAUGUGUACCGGGUACUACAGUGCCAAGAGGAGGAACUCACACAGAUGGUCUCAACCAUGUCGGACGGUUGGAAGUUUGAGCAGCUCAUUAGUAUCGGCUCCUCUUAUAACUACGGCAACGAGGACCAGGCGGAGUUUCUAUGUGUAGUUUCCCGGGAACUCAACAACUCCACCAACGGCAUCGUCAUCGAGCCCACUGAGAAGGCCAAGAUCCUUCAAGAGCGAGGCUCGCGGAUGUGAGGAGACCCUGAGCUAAAUAACACUUAAUCAACAAAAAAAACAAAACAAUAACAUGAACAUUUUCUCCAGUUUAUCAUCAAGAUCCGUGAGUUUACCCUCCACUCCACCUCCCUGCCAUCAUCGCCAUCACCCUCCUUCCCUCCUCCUCUGGUGUGCCUUUCCACAGCGGGGGCUCCCCGACGCCCCCCCUCUCCUCCAGUGCUGCAACACGACCCCGACUCGUCUCCACAUUUCGUCUCCUCCACCAUCGCAGGCUGUGGAACACUUCAGGGGGAGUUUAAAAGGGAAUAAAAGAGAGUGCUUUUUUUCCUCAUAGCAGCUUUCUGAUGGUCAGUGUCACUGCGGUGCAGGCUACGGUGCUGAUUGUAGCCCCUUAUUGUUGUCAGUGCAUGGACGCCCAACACAGAGCUACUAUAAGUCAUUAUCAUCUUCGCUGUCAUCAUCAGACAGGAUAUUUCCUCUCUCUUAUACGUUUGGCUCUAUCAACUUUGCAGAAAUCUCCUCAGGACUCACAAAGGACAUAAAGGAAUGAACACAACUCCACUGACUGAGCCUCUCUCUUUCUGUCUUUACCCCCGAUCUGUUCGCGGAGCGAGCGUCGACGCCCACCGCCUCCCUCUCUGAUUUUUGCGGUAGGCCGAGGAACAACAAACCGAACCAGGGUCUGGAGGUUGAGACGGACGCAUGAGCCAGCCUGGGUGCAGCAUCUUUCCUCCACUCUGCUGAGUCUUGAGAAAUAUCCUUAAAUAAGUGAGAAGCGUUCCUCGGACAGACGCCAUUUCUUGGUUCGGCACCACGGCGUCCGACUCCUCCCACUUCCUGUCUUCGGGCUCGAUCUGGUCUGUCCUCUCCAGGGAGAAAAUGUGGGAUAUUUCCGCGCAAAAAGAAAAAAGACUCAAAGAGACUACACCUGUGUACAAUUUGUCAAGGCAUGUGAGGAAUCUAUAUAAAUCUAUAUAGGCUACAUGAUGAAAUUAUAUGAAAAAUUGAAUGCAAAUGGUGUAAUUAUUGAUUUCUGUAUCAUAGUUGUCAUAUAUUUACAUAUUCAUAUUUAAAACGAUGGAGAGGAAAAAAAAAGAUAUCAUUUUUCAUGACCAGAUUUCCUGAAGGUUUUCCUGCCCGGUGACAUGGAUGUGAGUACACCUGUAUGCAGUGCCUCUCUGCUUUCUGUUCAUGACUGAAAUAUCACAUGUUUUUUCAGCUGCACGUUUUUUCUGUAGUGUUCUUUAAGAAAAACAAACAAAAAACCAACUCUUAGGUAUCCUACUUUCUCUUGCAUAUCUUAAAAUUGUAAUUAGGGAUAAAGGAAAACUACUGUCGCUGCCGUUUUGUCCAGACAAAGUGUGGCGUGGCGGGAUUGGACUGUGGCCAGUUUGUAUGCUGCCUCAAAAACACCUCCCCUUCCCCCUCUGUCUUUCUCUUUCACCCUGGCCUUGUGCGACUCUCAUGCCAACAUUCACCCCCUUUGCAGCUGCCUCCUUCACACCCAGAUGACUUGUCUUGUCUUACAUUCUGCAGCACUUGUAGCAACUGUGGCGCAAGCUGAAUUGUACUCCUCACGCUUCAAGGCCUGAGAUACCUGAGCCUCCGUUAUAUCACAGAAAUUUACAUUUACCUGUAAGUGAACCUGGCAGAUGGCAAGUGUCCUCAGAGAAAAAAAGCCUUUUAUUUCAGAUGCUGAUGUGUGACUUUUUGUUUUUCUGUGCCAGCAGAUGCGUACCAACUUGGCUGAAGUGUAUUUCUCUCAAGAUACACUUGACAUUAAGUUUCUCUAUGAUAGAGAUGUUUUUAAGACUUGUAACAAUGUUGGAGCAGACCGUCAUGAAAGGGUGUCACGACAUCCAAAAUCAAACACUGAAUCAUUUUCAAAUAUAGAAAGUUAGUGAAAUUUUAAAUAGCAGUAAAACUGAAUCGGCCUCUACUUCAAAUGUGCGUUUACCCAAAGUAACAAGAGCUGAAAUGUUCGGUCAAUUAACUGAUCAGUCGAUUGACAGAAAACUAACCUGCAAUUGUAGCAACCAUAACUUUCUUUUCUUUGUUUAUAUCAUUGUAAAUGUAAUGUUUUGGGGGUUUGGAUCUGAUAAAACAUGACAUUUGUAGAUGUGGAAAAAUGUAUUGAGCCCCUAAAGUCCUGUAAGGUGAUAUUUUUCAUCUUGUGUACUCAAGAUCUGACGUAUUCCCAGAUCUUUUUAUUAGUUAUUUUUAUUAGUUUUAUUAGCAGUCGAAAAACCACAAAAUAUUCAAGAAAACAGAGUCAGAAGAGCCAAUCUUUCAAUUUGAAAUUCUUAAACCAGUGUUUUUGUUUGGUAACAACCUUAAAACAGUUCAUAAGAAAACUCUCUGUCGAUCAACUUAUCAGUUAACUGACUAAUCGUGUCACUGCUUCGCCCUACAAAAAGACAAUGUCAACACAUGUGGAUUCAAUGUUGUUACCGGUGUGAAUGCACCCUUGUCAUAUGAUCGACUUAAGACAAAGUUUGAGCCAUACUUUCACACAUAUCGGACGGAGAAUUGAAACAUCUCCUUGUUGCCCAUCGUGCAGACUGAACUCACAUUUUAAUCACUGUCCCUAAAAAGCCAAGGGGCGUCGGAUCUUUAUCAUGGAUCACUUUGAUCACCCGUCUUUGUAUAAAGAACAUAUUUGAUGCAGUUAUGUUAUAUCAAGCAUGAACUAAAAAGAAUGCGUUUAACCAGAAAAAAAAAAAAAAGAAACUGUACCUUUGCUGUUGUCAUGCUCCCUGACCGUCGUUCAAGUCAGGCCUCAGAGCUCAAACUUUGAUGUGACUUCUUCUUUGUUUUGUUUAUUUUUCCUCUCGGCCGUGUGUUGUGCAGUUUUAUUCUGCUAAUCUGAGUCGUGAGCAGACCGUGCGCUGCUAAAAAUGCCCAAACGUCUCAUUGAGGAGCACUUUUUUCUCCCUUGUUGUUCUCUGGGCCUUUGCAAAGCACCUUGGGUGUUGUUUCCCCUUCGUCUGUGUCCAGUGUUGUGCCUUUGACCUGUGUUGUGCACAGUUGUUUCCCCUCUUAUCAUGAGGUGCCUCUCAUACCUUAAAAAAAAAGCCACGAGGCACCUGACCUGAGGUACAAUGUAUAAUGCGGUCUCUAGCUUGUUUUCUAUUGUUAGUGUUUCAGUGAGAGGCAAGCCAAAACAAAUCCAUUGUCCCCUGCGUUAUUUUAUGUUUUACGAAACCGACAAACUGAAAAACGAUUAACAGCUGCUUUCUUUGUGCCAUUGCUUUUUGAGCUAAAGCCACCCACAGUCCCUUACACAAAAUUAAUGUCCGAACCUGCUGUAAACACUUGUGCGGGUUGGCAUUGUGUUUACAGUACUACCAAAUGGGAGGGAAGCAGGGAGCAAUCGACAGCAGGAAGACCAGACAAAGCAGGUUUCCCUCCUCUGCUUGGAUCUUCUUUUAGUAAAACUCCAGCGGUGCACUUGUUAGCGGAGAGCGAUUUGACUAUAACCUUGCCGUCACUUGGCUUCUUUUUUUUUUUCUUGAGUUGCAUGCUGAAGCCAUAACUAAUGAUUCCAUUUUUAGAUGUGUGUAAUCAACCUUUAAAGCACUUAUACUGUACCUGUCACCUUUGUGAACCCACUUUUUUUACCUUGGUCGCACAGUUCAGUGGUUCCCAAUCUAAGGGUCCUCAAGAUGGUUAACAAGAUAUAUUUGCCAAGAAAAGAAAAAAUAUAUAUAUAUUUCUGUGCUUUUCCCCAUCUUCUAGUGAUUUCAUUAGUUGUGUUAGAUUGGAAUAUCUCAACUACUAUUGCAAUGAAAUUUUAGACGGAUAUUAUCCCCAGAGGAUGAACCCUUCUGAACUCGGUUAUGUCAAUGUUAGCAUGUUAAUAUGCUAAACUAAGAUGGUGAACAUUGUUAACAUUGUAUCUGCUAAACAUCAAUUACAUUAGCGUUGUCAAUGUGAGCAUGUUAGCUUGUUGAUGUCAAUGUUUAGCACAAAGCAUCACUGUUCUACAUAAUGUAAUUCUCCUGGCACUUUGUUUUGUGCUGAUGGAUAAAAUGUUAACAUGCUAUAUGUUUUAUCUGCUGAACAUAAACAUGUCGGCAUGUUAAUGUUAGCUUCUAGCACGGAACACUGCCCCCAAGUAAAUGCUCAAAGUCAUUAGCAUAAUUGUACAUUCUUGUAAUCUUGUCAUGUGUUAAUAGAUGAAAUGUUAGCAUGCUAACAUGCAAGAGUUUGUUGAUUAGCAAGGUACAAGUUAUACCAUGUUAGCAUUCUUACAGUGAAAAUUUGGUUAAUGAUGUAAAGAUUAUGUUUGCUAAACAAAAACUUGUUAGCAUGCUGAUGUUAGCCUUUAGCAAGCAACACUGCCCCUGGGUACACCAUCACAGAGUGCCAGCGUAAUUGUACACUGUUGUCUUGUUAUGUACUAAUAGAUUCAAUAUUUACCAUUAUUUUUCUUCUUUGUCAACGUACUAACACUCACAAGAAAGUUGGUUUGCUAGUUUUUAAAAAAACUAAACAUGAGCAUUCUAGCAUUUAGCAAGCAAUAUUGUCCCCAACUACAGCCUCAAAGAGCCACUAGCAUAAAUGUACACCUUUUUUAUCCUGUUAUGUGCUAAAAGAUAAAAAAUGUUGACACUCAAAAGAAAGUUGGUGAACAAGUUAAAGAUUUUAUCUGCGAAAAAAUCAAUUUAUUAGCAUGCUGAUGUUAGCGCUUGGCAAGCAACACUGUUCUACAGAGCCGCUAGCUUAACUGACCCUCGUCAUGUGGUUAUUAGCCCCGCUAGCAACAUGGCUUUAGGUUUGGCCGGUCCUCUGACAGCAGAGACAUGUCCUCCAGACUGUUGACUUUUUAUGUAGCGCCAUCAUCGCGUCAAAUCUAGUUUGGUUUAUGACCACCAGCAAAAGUAAUGGCAUUCCCAUCAGCCUUAGCUGUGCUUUGUGCUUACGACUAAUAGGUAACAUGUUAGCAUGCUAACACGUGAAAGUAAAUUGAUUGAUAUGGUAGAAAUUAUAUCAUGUUAGCAUCGUGAUGUUAGCUUUUGGUACAGCCUGACAUAAACACUAGAAUGGCUGUAAAUACUUAUUUCUUGUGAAUUAGUAUUUAGUUUUGCUUCCUGCGGAAAUCAAUAAUUUUAAAAAAAGACAAGGAAACUUGGUUGAACUGGUCUCAGGGCUCACCAGAGUUUAGGAACCACUGAUCUGGCUUAACUUUGCAAAGUGAUUAUCUGAUCAUGUGAAUCAAGCACCCAUUUUUUAAGACUUAAAAAAAAAUUAAUUAUAUGACCAUCAUGGUUUUUACUUUCACCUGCACUAGUUAGUCUAAAGAUAACAAUGCAAUUUUAACAAAUCUGCAAAAAAAAACAAAAAAAAAACAAGAAAAAGAAAA